CAUUGCAUCAUGUUGAGGAUGUUGAGGUACGGUAACAUAGCUUCGUUACGAUCGCUUCAGUUACUCAAUAAAAGAACCUGCACAUCCGGACCAACGUUACGACCACUGAUACUGGGCAUCGAGACCAGUUGCGAUGACACAGGAGCCGCAAUUAUAAGUAGAAAUGGGACAAUCUUAGGCGAAUCACAUCAUUCACAACUGAACCAACACUUGCGGAAUGGAGGAAUAAUUCCACCGAUUGCUGCUGAUCUGCAUAGAGAGAACAUUGAACGAGUUGUGAAGGACGCAUUUACCAAAGCCAAUUUAACCCCGGAUGAUGUCGAUGCAAUUGCGGUUACCAAUCGCCCUGGUCUUGUUGCAAGUCUCACGAUUGGUGUUAGAUAUGCGAAACAUUUGGCCCGAACGUACCAAAAGCCAUUUAUACCAAUUCAUCACAUGGAAGCGCACGCAUUGACCGCACGACUGAAUAACAUAAUUCCGUUUCCGUUUCUCUGUCUGCUUGCAUCCGGUGGUCACUGCAUUUUGACAUUGGUGAAAGGAGUGCAAGAGUUUUAUAUGCUGGGCGAAACGGUGGACGAGGCGCCGGGCGAUAUGUUCGAUAAAACCGCAAGGCGCCUAAAGUUGCGAAAUUUACCGGAAUAUCGCUGGAUGAACGGUGGUCGAGCCAUUGAGGUAGCGAGCUCGAAGGCAACGAACGUGAAUCAGUUCGAUAUUCCGUUACCAAUGCCACGCUACAAAGAUUGUUCGUUCAGCUUUUCCGGUAUUAAUAACAAGGCUAAACGCUUCAUCGAAACAUCGGAACGCAAUAAUCACCUGGCUCCGGACGAAGUUAUUCCGGAUUAUGAGAACUUAUGCGCUGCAGUGUUGAGGAUCUCCACGAAACACAUUGUCCAUCGGACUCAACGGGCAAUGGAAUUCUGUGAAUUUCACAAUCUAAUCAGCGACGAAACGGGAAGGAGACUUGUGUUUUCGGGCGGUGUCGCUUGCAACGAUUUCAUUUUCAACACAUUGACCGAGCUCGGUGAUAAAAUGGGAUAUCAGAUAUGGCGACCGAAUAAACAGCACUGUACCGAUAACGGUGUGAUGAUAGCAUGGAAUGGUGUGGAACGAUGGUUGGAUAGUGAGGACACUUACCGUGCUGUCAAUUUGGACGAUGUUGUUGUGGAACCGAAAGCUCCGUUCGGAAAGAGUCUAGUCAAUAAGGUGGCGCAACUGAAUCUUAGCUGCGAUUGGGUUAAGUUGUCAAUGUUGAGGAGCAAUUGACGAAAUAGAUUGUAUGAACACUG